AUGGAAGCGGUGAUUCUGUACAAUGGCCACGAGGAAUUCACCGUGUGGCCGAAGAACUUGCGCAUGUCUCCCGGCUGCAACGGACGAGUGUACGUACAGUACAGCGCAAGACGUCGAGACACAGCCGCAGUGGGCAUAUUGCACGUGCUUGCGCUGGGGUCAAGUGGAAGUGCGGGCGUCGUAGGUAUACCAGGGACAGAAGCUAUAGGAACUGAAGUUUUGGAGGAGGUGUUAGGAAGCAUGAAGCAUGCGGGGGUUGCGGGGAGUGCGGGAAGGUGGUGUAGUGCUCGAGUGUCGCUACAAGCAGUAUCCACGACCGACCGCGCACACGCACUGCAACCUCACGACUUCACUGACGACCCCCACCUUCUGAACUCCAUUGUAAUAUAA